AUGAACAACACCAGCACACCCUCACUCCCCAUCCACGCCAGCUACUUGCAAGUUGUACUGAUUCAUCCAUUUAUGUUUUCAUUUCUCCCCAGAGACUACCUGGAGAGCCUUGGAGCAACCAUCCCUCCUCCCAAGAGUUCCUCCACACCUCCGCCUCCACCCAAAGAUGUGCCCAUGAGGGAGGCCAGCCCAGAACCCGAGCCGGCGGAUGAUGAGAGCGAGGUGGAGCUAGACAAUGAGGGUGUUAUUGAGCCAGAGAUUGAGGACCCACCAGAGCUCGGGGAUGCCAGCAAGAUACCCAGUGAGGAGGACAUUGAGGCGUCGCAGGAGAAGCGGUCAGAGGCCAUGGUGGCAAUGUCUGACGGGGACCUUCAGAAGGCUGUCGACCUCUUCACAGAAGCUAUCAAGCUCAACCCAGAGUCUGCGAUGCUGUAUGCCAAACGUGCCAGCAUCCUCCUGAAGCAGAAGCGGGUGAAUGCUGCCAUCCGGGACUGUAACGAGGCACUGAAACACAACCCAGACUCAGCCACUGCCCACAAGUUCAGGGGACGAGCCAACAGACUGCUGGGCAACUGGCUCGAGGCUGCCAAGGACCUGAGAUUAGCCUGCAAGCUGGACUUUGACGAACAGACCAACGAGUGGCUCAAAGAAGUGCAGCCUAAUGCCACUAAGCUGGAGGAUCACAACCGCAAGUAUGAGCGUCAGCGGAAGGACAAGGAGCUGCAGGAGAAGAAGGCGCGGAUCCUCAAGGCGCAGGAGGAAGCUAAGAAGGCCCAAGAGAAGGAAAAGACCAAGGAGCCCAAGGACUUCAACUUCCCAGGGUCUGCCGGGCUGGGCAACAUCUUCAGUGACCCAGACAUCCUGGCUGCCAUGCAGGACCCGGAGGUGGCGGCCGCCUUCCAGGACGUGUCGACCAACCCCGCCAACAUCUUCAAGUACCAGUCCAACCCCAAGGUGGCCACCGUCAUCAACAAGCUCAUCACGAAGCUGGGCGGCCAGGAGGGCGGCAUCCCUGGAAUGCCCGGGGGUAUGCCUGGGGGGAUGCCAGGAGGGAUGCCAGGAGGGAUGCCCGGUGGGAUGCCAGGAGGGAUGCCAGGUGGCUUCCCUGGUGGGUUCCCAGGCAUGGGUGGUUUCCCUGGAGCUGGUGGUGGCUUCCCUGGUGGUGCUCCUGAGGAUGACAGCACCCCAGGGAGUGGCGGCCCCACUGGAGGCAGCCAACCCUCCAACCCCAAUGAUGACCUGGACUAAGGCCGGGCGGGGCACGUGUGUGUCUGGCUCCUGGUGGGGCGGGGCAAGGGGCGGGAAUGGGCAUCAUCUGUUUCGUGCACCUGUGUCUUAGUUUCACUGUUUUAAGGUGAAACAUGCCAGUGUUGAAAUUUUUUUUUGUUUCUCGUCUAAGUUAGUGCCGUCAGCACCACGAGGGUCAAGCUAAAACCUGUGUUUGGCGACUGUGUUGACAUAAUGUUUUUCAUUUUUUCCUUCGACAUUUGUUCAUUUAAUGCUCUUCUUAUGAGAAGUCAGAUUUUUAAUUUUUUUCCUACUCAUUAUUAAUUUUUACUGUUUACAGUUGAUGAGGUUUCAGGACAAUUUACUUUAUUCAGGAGAAUCUUUUUUUCCUGCUUGUUUUUCUUCCCAUAUUAUUGUAAUUACUUUAAAUUACACAUUCUUCUAGUUUUAAUGUGACUUUCUUUACGGUAAUGGAAGAGGAGGAUAUUUUCUACAAGAUUUCAUAAAGUAAACCUAGAGAGUACAAUUAUUAGUAAAUAACAGUAAAUAACAAACACGUAUAGUUUAUGCUAAACUAUGCAAGACAGAGGCCAAGGCGCUGGGCUUUCCACCUUCCCUGACUAGCUCUUGGAUUGUCUCGUGAGCAAAAUGUGUCCAUGUACGACAGCCAAACUACUAACCUCCGGCUCAGCUGCUAACACAAUCACACACAACCUCGUGAACCGCAGCAGACCUUCAUUGUCUGCGGGUUCCAAAAAUGCACUCUUCUGUAAAGCACUGUCGAGUCCUUGCACACCAACAUUUUAUCCAUGAGGGGCGAGAUUCUAUUAACUGAGGAAGAUUAAUUAUUUUAAAGUCUUCAUAUCAGUGGAAGGAAAAGAUCUGAGGAUCAUUCCAUGUGCUGCACCAGAGGCCAGCAUCACACAGGGAUGUAAGAAGACUACAAGAGGUCAGAUGGUCUACACAGCAGCUCCUGAGAAUGAGUAUUUCACCAAUUACCUUCCCCAUCCAAAGAAAUCUUGCAAUCGUACGUGCAUCAACAACAUAUCUGCUAAUUUUCUUCAUCGGCAACUGGCACUACUGCUUCCCGCCUACUCACUCUUUUAAGUCGAGAAGAAUAUGUACCCUGCAAAAUUCAAAACCUAACAUGGGCCGAAACAGUUCACUUAAGUGACACAAAUAUUGUAUUUGCAUGGUUAGGGUUGACCACCUGAGUUGGCACUACAUCAAUCAUCAUCAUCAUCUUCAGUCGUUACUAGUGCACACUGCAGGAUGAAGGUCUUUCCCAGUGCUCUCCACCUCCAUCUGCCUGAAUACCAUAAAUAUCCACAAGGUUUGCCGGGAACGUAACCCUCAUGGAUAACAAGGGGCUUCUGUACUAAGUAUAAUGUGAGUAACACAAAUGUCCUGAGGAUUUCAGAUUGUACAAGCCUACAUAGUGAGGGAAUUCAUUGCUGCUGUUAUUUGGAAUCUUCUACUCUUUCACACACCGCCGGGGUGUGUGUGUAUAUGCGUGAAUACAAGGUUACAACUUGGGAUCUUGUACAUUUACUCUCAUACAGUUGUGCAGAAUGUCUAUGUAUAGCUCCUGCCUGUCAUGCCAAUGUUCUCCUUUACGAGCACCCUUGCAUCCUAAACACAAUAGUGAGUGUUGGCUGUAGGCGUCUUCUCCCCUCCUAGCAUUGUCUAUUGGUGAUGCAUCUCGUCCUUUUUGAGAAGGUGAUGAGCCUCUGUUGUAGCGAGUCAGACUGAUUCAUCACAGCUCAGGUUUCUCCAGCAGACAGGCCAUUCAUUCCGCUUUCAUACCACUUUACUGCCUGAACUGACAGAUAUCAACCUUGGCAUUCAGAGAAUAUAAUGGUGUGCCUAUGCAUAUCUAUUGUUUAUCCUCCUGUUGCCUCAGAAUAUGUGUACCUUAA